CGGAAUCGUUGGUUUGGGCUCAGUACCGGUGCGUUGCUCAUCCCUCAGGGUUUUAAUGAGGAUUUCGCAAACCCCACAUGGUUAAGGCGGCGGAGAGAUGCGGCAAUCUGUGGCUCCGCUCCUCCUCCGAUCCCGGCGGUUCGCCUCAUCGACUGCCGUCAGUGGCAUCAGUAACAGCAGCUCGGACAAGAUUGUCGCCGCCGUGCUCUUCGAGCGGCUCCCAGUUGUGAUCCCCAAGAUCGAGCCCAUCGUCUACGCCUUCCGAGAAUUCUCGUUUCGAUGGAGACAGCAGUAUCGUCGGAAGUACCCUGAUGAGGUCUUGGGAAAGGCGGAUGCAAGGGGGAAAGGUGACUAUCAAACUGAUUAUGUACCUGCUCCAAGGAUCACAGAAGCUGACAAGACUAAUGAUAAAAGGUCACUGCAAAGGGCACUUGAUAGAAGACUUUAUCUUCUCCUGUAUGGCAGCACAUAUGGAACUCCUGAUAGGGAACCUGUUUGGCAUUUUCCAGAAAAGGUUUAUGAAAAUGAAGAAACUUUGCGUCUGUGUGCAGAAUCAGCACUGAAAUCUGUAAUUGGAGGGCUCAAUAAUACAUAUUUUGUGGGCAACGCUCCAAUGGCACAAAUGGUUGUGGAACCAAAAGAAGACUUGCCACUUUUUAAGCGGUUCUUUUUCAAAUCGCAAGUAAUUGGUACUAGCAAACUUCAGAUUGGAGAGUGCAAAGAUUUUGUCUGGGUGACCAAGGAUGAGUUGAUGGAGUACUUUCCAGAGCAAGCUUCCUUUUUUAACAAGAUGAUUAUCAGCUAAGAUUGCCUUGGAUACGACAUUAGAUAAGCAUGUUUUUGAUCAGUUGGCUUGGAGUCCUUUGUUUAAGCUUUCAGAUAGCCUGUAUUUUUUCUGGCAUCUACAAUAGAUGUAUGUUCUUGGACUGAGAGUUGGUGAAAUAAUUUAUCUGAAAAGGAUCCUUCAAAAUUACUCAACAUGUUUUGUUUGAGGUUCAAGCGUCUGCUUCCUCUUGUGGAUAAACUGCCAUUUUUGGCCUCGGAUAAACUCUACCACAUGGAUGUGAUGGUUGUCUUCUUGUCAGUGUUGCAGUUGUACACUAAUUAUGUUUUAGGAAUAAAAACUCUAUUUGGAGACA